AAGUCUUGAUUGUACAUUGAGGAAAAUUUUACUCGAAUUGUUUCUUUAACAUAUGUUGAACGCCUUGGUGCAGUUGUUUGAUUCUAGCACUUGAAUAUGCCGCCCAAAGGUAAGCAAGGCACUAAAGGACUGAAACAGAUUGAAGAAGAAAAUGCAUCAACCUUAAAGUUCUACUUAUACAUCAUUUUAGGUGUUAAUGUAACCUACUUUAUUUUGCAGUGUUUUCUAUUCUGGGAUAGUUUUACAGGUGGUAUUAUAACUUUGUCUGUGUUCGCAGUUGCCUUAAACUUUGGUUGUUAUCAAUUUAUGUCACACAUGGCAGGCAGUAAAAUAGAUCUUAACAUGAGUGAAGGAAUGUCCGAACAUGCUAAAGAUAUUCUUUUAUACACAUGUAUCGUCCAAAGUUUGAGCAUUAUAUCAAACUAUUUUUGGCUGAUAUGGUUGGUGAUUCCAGGGAGAGCAUUUUAUUUAUUAUGGGUCAACAUACUAGGACCAUGGUUUUUUGCUCCAGCUCCAGAACAAGAUGAAAAGAAACAGAAAAAGUUGGAAAGAAAAAUGAAAAGACAUUGAUAUUUUAGGAUUUUAGGAUUUUUUUAAAUUAACAAUUUUAACAUUUAUUUGCCUAUUUCAUCAUCAUUUAUAUAAAUAGAAUUUAAAUGAUUUAAUUAUUCAGGAAUUUCUACCAUAAUUGAUCACUUAAUUGCUAAAAAGACCAGCAUGUUAGUUCAACAUAUGACUUCUUCUCCAAACACCUAAAAGCAUAUGAUAAGUAAGUUAUAGGAGAAUGUUCUUUUGCAUCAAUAUUGAUGUCCAAAAUUCUUAAUUCUCUUUUCUAUGACCACAAUUCUCAAAUGACCGAAUUAUAACAGAUAUUACCACCUUUUUCAAAUAUUUUAAGGUAUUAUGACAAUUUUGAACUAUUCUUACAUAUUGGCUCAAAUUUCAAAUAAUUUUGAAUAUCAUGACAAUUUUCAAAUGUUUUUGAAUAUCACUACAAUUUUCAAAUAUUUUUGAACAUUAUUGCAUGCAACUUUCAAAUAUUUUUUAAUAUUUUCAUCAUUUUCAAAUAUUUUUUAAUAUUUUCAUCAUUUUCAAAUAUUUUUUUGAAUAUAACAAUAAUUUUAUUCAGUAUACAUAACAUAGACAUACAUUGAUGUUAACAUUUAAACUAUGCAAUUCAUAUAUUCACUAGUUUUUGAAAAGAUAGAUUUGGAAAUUGUAAAAAAAAAUCCUGUUUUAAUUUUUUCAUCUAUUUAAUUAUUUUGUCCUAAAAGAUGCAUUUGAUAGCUUUGAGCUAUACUUAUUGAUACAUUAUAUUAUAUGGAUAAAUGUUGGCAUACAUCUUCUACAUUUAAUUUUGAUCAUUUUAUACAAAUAUUUUGUUUGGGGAUGUAUUUUACAAAAAUAUUAUAUAGAAUUCUUAAAAUAACAUGCAAAUGGUUUACCAUGUUUACCAGACGCUGCCAGGAUAGGAAAACUCUUGUAAAAUUAAAAAAAAAAAAUUGUGUGUGUGUGUGUAUGAUUCAUAAUUCUUAAAAUAAUUAUCUUUGAUGUAAAAUACAUGUACUCAAUAUAACUAGUUCCUAAGCAAUGUACAGAGCUUAAUUUGUGAACAUAAGAUAUUAGUUUAUUUAGAUUUUCAUAUUUGAAAAAACAGAGUUACUCCCCUUUAAUAAGAUUUAUUUUAAUUUUUAAAGGAUUUGUGUUAACAUUUCAAUUUACUUAUAUUUGAAGCUAUCAACUUAUAUUGUGACAUUUUUUUUAUUCAUUGGCAAUAAUAAGAUUAAAAAACAAUAUGGUCUAUCACAAAUUUGCUUUUCUUUUGUCUUUAAUGAGUUUUAUAAAGACAAUAAUUAAUUUUUGAUAUUUUUUUUCCUUCUCCAUAUGACGCAAUUGUAUAUUGGGGUAUACUAGAGUAUACUCGGGUAAUAAAUAUUUGCAUGAUUUUCAACUGAGAAUCAAUUAAUGUACACCAAAAUAUCAUGAGACAGCCUUAAAGCUUGAAGUCUGACUAGUCAGUCUUCAAAAUAUCUAAUUAUUAAUGUAUCUUUCAGAUGCAAAUUUAAAUUAUUGUUUACGUUAAACAUAUAUUUCAACACACAAGAAAAUCCGUUUAACUGGGGUAUCAUUGUGAACAUUUGCCUACAAUAGUUUUUACAAAUCAUGACUUUAUUUAAUUAAUUGUAGCUAAUUAUUAUUUUGUAUUUAUUAUGAUGUUUGUAAAAAGUAUUAGGAAUCUACAAAAACACAUAAUCUAUUAUUAUAUACAGAGUGAUUGAAACUGUUAAUAGCAAUAACAAGAGGGUACCCAAAUUGCAACUAUUAUUUAAGAAACAGACAAAUGUUUCCAUUCUGUGUUUAUUUUGUCGAUAUUAUCUUAUUUAUUAUAUAAAUCCUCAAAAUCAGUUUUUAAUCUAUACUGAAUAAUAGAAAAAGGAGUUUGAAACGACCUCCAAAUGACCCAAGAUUCUGUUAUAAGGAGUAACUAAAUGGCAUGCUUGCUUAACUUUACUUCAGUAAAAAUUGAUAACUGAUGUUUUGUGUUAUUUAUCGACAUUUGUAGAUCAAUUUGACAAUAGUCUAUUCUUACUUAUGUAUUUAGUAAGAAAUGGAUUUCUGUGGCCUAUUUUAAUUUUAAAAGUUGACAUUUUGUUGAUGUUGCAUGUAACAUUUCCGUCAAUUCUACAUUUUUUCACUGGAUACUUUGUUUUUUGAUAUAUUAUGUAACGGUUUUGUGUCUAUUUAAGUAUAUUCAGCAAUGUUGUAAGACAUACAAAAUGGCAAAUAAUAAGAAUAUGAGCUGUUUAGUCUCGGAGAAAAACUAUAAGAUUGACGCUGCUUUUUUUGCAAAAUGGGUGCAUAUUGGGUAAUUGUUGCAAUUUAGGCACUGUGACAUAACAUAUCAUUGGUUUCCUUCAAUUUCUCCUUAAUUUUAUUUCAUCUUCAGAUCCUCAUUGAUUUUCAAACCAAGUCUAUUUACUUCUAAAUAAUUUCAAAUGAAUAAUCUAGUCCUUAUCAUUUUUCAUCAGAUUUUCUUGUGUAAUAAAAUUUCCAUCAGGAGAACUGGAGUGAAUGUAUGGUUAGAACAGAUACAUCAUUAUCUCAUUUAAUGAAAUUAAUAUUAUAUAUUGUAAUUGUAUGUAAGCAUUAUGAUUAUGUCCAUUUAAGUUGAAAUCGAUUCAAAUAAAACAUUCAAGGAAA